GGAACCCAGAGUGAGGGAGAGUCGUGAAAGUUGCUGACUUUCCCUUUGGAUCUCCAAGGGAGAGAACUGGCUAAAUGUUUGUACUGAAAAUAAUACGAGUCCAAUAUUUCUUUUGCCAAGAACACUCCCCUGUUAAAGCUUGGAAGGUCUUGGGAAUCAUCUCCCCUAGAUCCAGAAACCGGCAGCAGGUAGAUAGUCUCUUGGUCCCUGACAGGUCUCCACUUGUCUUGAUGCCCCGCCCCCUCUGCAGGAGCCCGCGCGGCCGAUUGGCUAGGAGCACUUGGGCGGCGGAAGCAGCUGGCUCCCGCGGGGACUGCGGGGAGGGGGUGAGCAGUGAAGAUGGCGGCAGUAGUGGAGGUGGAGGUUGGAGGAGGUGCUGCUGGGGAACGGGAGCUGGAUGAGGUUGAUAUGUCAGACCUCUCCCCAGAGGAGCAAUGGAGGGUCGAGCACGCACGCAUGCAUGCCAAGCACCGUGGCCACGAAGCCAUGCAUGCUGAAAUGGUCCUCAUCCUCAUCGCUACUUUGGUGGUGGCCCAGCUGCUCCUGGUGCAGUGGAAGCAGAGGCAUCCCCGCUCCUACAAUAGCCUCAGGCUGUUGCCCUGGGUAGAGUGCAAUGACAUCACAGCUCACAGCAACCUCCAACUCCUGGGCUCAAGUGAUUCUCCUGCCUCUGCCUCCCAAGUAACUGGGACUACAGUAAAGCUGCACUGGUGGAGGUUCCUAGUGAUCUGGAUCUUGUUCUCUGCUGUCACAGCCUUUGUCACCUUCCGAGCCACCCGAAAACCUCUAGUACAGACAACCCCAAGGUUGGUUUAUAAGUGGUUCCUGCUGAUCUAUAAAAUCAGCUACGCUACUGGCAUUGUUGGCUACAUGGCUGUCAUGUUUACCCUCUUUGGUCUUAAUCUAUUAUUCAAGAUCAAACCAGAAGAUGCCAUGGACUUUGGGAUUUCUCUCCUCUUCUACGGCCUCUACUAUGGAGUUCUUGAACGGGACUUUGCAGAAAUGUGUGCAGACUACAUGGCAUCUACCAUAGGGUUCUACAGUGAGUCAGGCAUGCCCACCAAACACCUCUCAGACAGCGUGUGUGCUGUGUGUGGACAGCAGAUCUUUGUGGACGUCAGUGAAGAGGGCAUCAUUGAGAACACAUAUAGACUGUCUUGCAAUCAUGUAUUCCACGAAUUCUGCAUCCGCGGCUGGUGCAUCGUGGGAAAGAAGCAGACGUGUCCCUACUGCAAAGAGAAAGUAGACCUCAAAAGGAUGUUCAGCAAUCCCUGGGAGAGGCCUCACGUCAUGUAUGGGCAGCUGCUGGAUUGGCUUCGAUACUUGGUAGCCUGGCAGCCUGUCAUCAUUGGCCUUGUGCAAGGCAUCAACUACAUCCUGGGCCUGGAAUAGUCAGGAAGAACAUCAGUGGAGUACCCACCCCACCCACUGUGGACCUCAGGGCACUCUCCUCCCUGCCCACAAAGACCUCUUGGGUGGGAAAGACUCACAGGGGCACUUGGGCCACUCAGGACCCCUCCGGCUGUGUCCGGACUGGUGUGAGACAUGAUGGAGAGCCAGCCAGUGGGGCUGUCAGCAGUGGGGGGCUUUUUAAAAGAAAACUAUUUUGAUGAAUAUAUUUAAAAAAUCUUU